AUGAAACCCCCUUCUCUGGAUUCUUUUGUCAACUCGUUUGCUUUUGAAAAUGACUGUGAAAUAGUAACACACAGGGUAGAGUUUUCUGUACAAUCAUUUACAAUGUUGUCUAUUCUAAAGAGGUUACGCUGCAUCACACUUGAUAUUACCGGUACACUUAUUGCUUACAAAGGAGAUCUGGGUGACUCUUAUUGCUUGUCAGUCAAACUUGCUGGGAAGCCAUGUCCUAGCUAUAAGCGCGUUGGUGAGGGUUUUAAAGUAGCAUAUGCAGGAUUGGCAAAGAAGCAUCCAUGUUUUGGAUUUGCUCAUAAGAUUCCUAACUAUGUGUGGUGGAAGAUUUGUGUCAGGGAUUCCUUUGUUAAGGCAGGUUAUGAAUAUGAUGAUGAGACAUUUGAGAACAUAUUUAGUCGCAUAUAUGCUACUUUUGGUUCUGCUGCACCUUAUAGAAUAUUUCCUGAUGCUAUACCGUUCCUCAGAUGGCUCCGCCAGAGGGAUGUUACAGUUGGGUUGGUCAGCAAUGCUGAGUAUCGAUAUCGUGAUAUGAUUCUUCCUGCAUUAGGCUUAAAUCAGGUAGAUAAACAAUGUUGUGAACCCUUUUGUGUGUGUGACCAAAAUCAGGGAUCUGAGUGGGAUUUCGGAGUAUUCUCUGGUCUUGAAAAACCAGAUCCAAGGAUAUUUGAGAUUGCUUUGAAGAAAGCAGGAAAUGUAGCACCAGAAGCAGCACUUCACAUUGGAGAUAGCUUGAAGAACGACUACUUAGCUGUGAGAGGUGUUGGGAUGCAGGCUUUGUUGUUGGACAGGUUCAAGACUGCUGAUGCUGUCGAUUGGAGGAAAUCUGGUGCCAUUGUGCUGCCUGACUUGAUCGCUACCAAAGAGUGGCUUACCUCUGAAGUAUUGGAAUGAAGUGACAUGUGAAAGUCUGUUUGAUAGUUUUCUUGCCUAUGACUGGUAGAUUAGUAUUACAAGAAUGGGAAAAAAUGAGCUAUCAGUUCUAUGAAUGUGAUGAGGAAGCAUUUGGCUCAAUAUGCCACAUGCUGUCUUUUAUUCUCUCUGUGGCAAGCAUCAUUAUGCCCAGAUAGAAUAUAGUGUAACUAACUGUUGAUUGAGAAGUUGCUACAUAAACCACAUGCACAAUACGUAGCAAUCUUAUGUCCUGUCGACCUGGUGCACAUUUUUCCUUUUGCAGUUUUGUAUUGAAAACGACUUGUUGGUUCAAUGAAAGCAUAGUGGCACUAGCUUUG